ACGAAACACCUGUCACGGCUGAACGUAUCGUGAUGGAAAGUGAAAUGUCUUUCUGAGCUCGGAUCUUGUUCUCUGCUACAGGAACAGUGACAGUCUCUCUAUAAAUAUAUAAAAAUAGUAUAUGCCACAAAUUAUUUUCAGAACUUCUCAGUCAUCUUCAGAGACCGUCUGGUACAUAAUUUCAGAAUUUAUGAAAUGGGAUGGCGGCCUUGCACAUGACUGAUGGGAGCAGUUCCAGUGACGACGAUGAACUGGACGUGUCAACGGCAAGGCUCCGGAGACAUGUCGGCAGCUCCUGUGUAUGUCUCUCACCUGGCUCAUCAACAGGACGCCUGAAUUUGCCUUCUAGGCCAGGCAAUCCAGUAUAUGGACCACGCAUGCAGCUGCACUGUCGUACUGGCUUUCACAUUGGCAUUUUUGCCGAUGGUAAAGUCAGAGGUAUCGACCGAGAUUUGGAUGACUUUGCACUUCUAGAGGUCAGCACCAUUUCUCCAGAUGAGGUUAAAAUUCAAGGAGUUAAGUCAAAACUGUAUUUGGCCAUGGACAGAAAUGGGCGCCUGUAUGGAGAGGUAGAUGUAAAUGAAGAAGGUACAAUUUUUGUUGCAUCUCUUUUGGGCUAUUACAACACAUACUUGUCUAGGAAAUAUGCACAUUUGGGUUGGUAUGUUGGUAUUAAGAAAUCUGGUAAACCAAAACGUGGAUCAAAAACUAAGUGGGGUCAGAAAGCAAUUCAAUUCCUGCCCAGGCGGCUGGAACUUUGAUUCCAUUUGUGCAUCCACUGUCUGAUUCAGAAUGACAAGAAAUGCCAUCUGGAUGUCAAACUGAGUCAUAUGGCCAUCUGUAAGUGCAAUAGUGCAGUUAAGAGAAUUUAUAAACACAUACUGUUAACAUAUUCCUAGAUUCACAUGUCCCGUUGUCUUUAAUGAAUAUGUAAGAAGAUUUUGCAGAGAUUGUAAAUUUUAGAAUAUCUUCCAAUGUACAUUUUAUCAGUCUUUUUUACAUGUCCCUUGGAAAUGAGGAGAAUGUUUACCUUUCUUGAAUAUCAGUUUUGAGUCUGAAAGGCAUAGAACUUAUUGAUCAGCUGAGUGACUUUCAUCACCUGAAGAAACACUCGACAAGAAUAUUUCACCUAAUAUGGCUUACACCAUGUACCAGUAACUCAUUUAUUAUGCAUUCCCAAUACAGAUAUUCUCUGCAAGUUUCUCAGUUAUGUUUUGUCCCCUAUCGCUCUCUGAAGAAAUCAGAAACUUUCUCUAUAUAUUUUGAAAGACUAGAUUAAAUAUUUGGCAAAAAUUUGUGUCUGGCUAGGAAUGUGGAUGGAUUUUGACUGUGUGACUUCCGAACACUUAUGACUGCUUUCUGUCAAAGUUUUAUUCUCUUAAGUAAUAUUUAUUUUGGUAGUAUUCAAAUUAUAAAAUGGAACACUAGAAUUUUUAAUGUAGCAGCUGCUUGGAAUAAGAUAUCCAUGACCAAUGUAAUAGUUUUAAUACAUUACGAUUUAUUAUGUGUGUGAAAGUAAACUAGGUGAAUCAUAAUGCAUUUAUCAGAACUCCCAGCAUAUUGCAGGUAUAAUUAUGUAUUUAUUGGCAGGAUCAAUAUUUAAAAACUAUUUAUAUCUGUAGAUAGGAAUUAGUCAUAUUUUCAACAAGGUAACAUAAAUAAAGUAACCAUAAUAAUAACUUUUAUAUUUUAAGAUUUAGCAGAAUUAAUUAUAUUUUAGAAACUAUAAAGGUUGGUGUAAUGUAAGACUUUUAUAUGUGUACAGGUAGCCCUCGAUUUACGCCGGGGAUGCGUUCCUGGACGAACCGGCGUAAAUUGAAACUCUUUUAUAAUAUAAAUCAGUGGGAAGUCAAUGAAAUGCGUUCCCAGCACCCAAACAUUG